AUGGUCCACAAAGUCCUCUUCUGGGGCGGCUUCGGCAUCGCCGUCCGUCUCUGGCAGCUCGGAAUCGAAAUGCGUCCCAUCCUCGCCAAGGAAUCCCUCUGGGUAUACCCUCUCUUCGCCGGCGUCGGCAGCAGCUUCGGAUACUGGCUCCAGGGCGUCGAGGACAGACAGCUCAAGAUCCUUGCACAGCGCCGCGAGGCCAUCCUCGAGAAGCGCCGGAGACGGGACCAGGGCACAUUGAGCAAGGUCGAAGAGGCCGGUACCUUGGCUGCGACGUCGUGA